AUGGCAAUGGAGGUCCCGAAGAAAUGGUUGUCUCUCUGCUCUUUGCUGCUUUUGCUGCUAUUCAUAUGCGUCGUUACUGUAGUGAACCAAGACGAAGCCUCGAAAUCGAGUGCUGUGGAAAUAGAGCAAUUGCAGAGCUCUAACAACUCAACAAUGGCGGCAAGGUUGGGAGAAAUUGAACAGGAGUCCUUGAAUGAACAUGCAGUGGAUGACCCAGAAGCUGUUGCAAGAAUGGUUGAAAUGGCCACUUGGAACAGCACUGAGAGGCGAAAACUUGGAUUUUUCUCUUGCGGAACCGGUAACCCUAUCGAUGACUGCUGGCGUUGUGACCCCAAUUGGCACAAGAACCGCAAGCGCCUUGCUAAUUGUGGUAUUGGUUUUGGGCGCAAUGCCAUUGGAGGUCGUGAUGGAAGAUUUUAUGUUGUCACUGAUCCUCGGGAUGAUGACCCUGUUAAUCCUAGACCUGGCACUCUACGCCAUGCUGUUAUUCAGGACAAGCCUCUCUGGAUUGUCUUCAAGCGUGACAUGGUUAUUACAUUGAAACAAGAACUCAUCGUGAACAGUUUUAAGACCAUUGAUGCCCGUGGAGCCAACGUACACAUUGCCAAUGGAGGAUGCAUUACAAUUCAAUAUGUUACCAAUGUCAUUAUUCAUGGUUUGCACAUCCAUGAUUGUAAACCAACUGGAAAUGCCAUGGUGAGGAGCUCGCCAUCACACUAUGGUUGGAGGACUAUGGCUGAUGGUGAUGCCAUUUCCAUCUUUGGGUCCAGCCAUAUCUGGGUUGAUCACAAUUCGCUUUCUCAUUGUGCUGAUGGCCUUGUUGAUGCUGUCAUGGGCUCCACAGCCAUUACCAUUUCCAACAACCAUUUUGCCCAUCACAAUGAGGUUAUGCUGUUAGGACAUAGCGAUUCUUAUGUGAGAGACAAGCAAAUGCAAGUGACCAUUGCCUACAACCACUUUGGAGCGGGUCUCAUGCAGAGAAUGCCAAGGUGCAGACAUGGAUACUUCCAUGUCGUGAACAACGACUAUACUCACUGGGAGAUGUAUGCCAUUGGUGGAAGUGGAAAUCCCACAAUCAACAGUCAAGGAAACAGAUAUCUUGCCCCGGCCAAUCCUUUUGCAAAAGAGGUGACAAAACGGGUCGAGACAGCUGAAAGUCAAUGGAAAGGUUGGAAUUGGAGAUCGGAAGGCGACCUGAUGCUUAACGGGGCUUAUUUCACUCCGUCUGGAGCUGGAGCUUCCGCCAGCUAUGCUAGAGCUUCAAGCUUAGGUGCCAAGUCUUCCACCAUGGUUGCCUCUAUUACUUCUGGUGCUGGUGCCCUUGGUUGCCGCCGGGGUCGCCAAUGCUAA